UAAGGCCGCACGCGAGAUCCGUCACUUCACAAGUUUGAGAACGUCAGAGAGUCAACUCGAACACACACACAGGAGACAGAAGAAGUGACGAUGAAUCGUUUGGUAAUAUUGCUGUUUGCUGUGUGUGUAAUCUAUUCUGUACAAGGUUCCGUGGACAAGGUAUAUGCACUCAAUGUAAAUAUUAUUUUCAUCUGUUUAUGAGCAAACAUAUAGGAACGCGGUACGGGCCGGUACCGUAUCGUUGUCUUCAUUGUGUCGUAAUAAACCUCGAUAAACCAUAGUUAAUAAACUAAGUCAAUGAAAUGGUGUUUGUUGGGACUAUUACCCUACCAGCGGAAUAAUUGUGGUUUAUAUGAAUUAAUACGUUUCCGGACUCUCGUGAAAAGACAUUCACCAUUUGUAUAUAGAAUCUUUGCAGGAAGUUCGUUUUGAUUUAUUGAAAACGUGGCGAAGUCAUACAUAUUAAAGCCAAUGAGGUUUAUUUCAAUGCUGUCGAUUCGUGAGCAUGCCCUUUCAACAGUGUCGUAAUCUAUUUAUGUGGAAGGUGUUUGUCUUUAUUAGAAGAGAUAUUUUAACAUUUAUAUUUUUAGUUAUAUUCUUCUAAGAUGGUGUCAUUAACUAACAGACAUUUCCCUUUUUCAGAUUAAAAGAGAAGCGUCGCUGAGUUCAAGGUUAUCACAAGGUGAGAAAGAUCACGACGCAUUUGAUAUCGUGCGCGAUUGCGCGUUAAUUUUGCAUGAAUUGCGUAAGUCAUGAAUAGCCUACUGAAUUGACAAUUUCAAGUUUAGCGAAAAUUUUGGCAAGCUUUCAUCCGGAAUUAUAGUUUAUAAACACCUUGAGAUUAAGGAUUAUUUUUCACUGGGUAAGGGUAAAAUAAAUAUUAUGAUUCCAAAACGUUUUUUUAACCGGUUUUGAGUAAAAACAUUAAUUAAACUGGUUAAUCUAAAUAUGCAUGUUUGUUGUUUUAGAAACGACGAGCGAUGUUCACAGUAGAGCGCGACGUUCAUCAAGAAGUAGUAGCUAUCUCUUUUUUGACAACAGGAGUGGACGAACAGUUCAGGUAAAAAAAUAAAUCAAAGUAAAGCCAUAGUCGCCUCCCUGCAUAGAAAUAAUGCUGACUACGUAGAUGGGUUUCAGUCGCCAUGGGCAAAGCAUGGAUUAGCGCUAUAAACCCAGCAUCCUGCUGUCAACUAACGCUAAUGAAACACACCAUGCCACUAUUAAUGAAAGGUAUUAUCUAAAUUUGUAAUUACAGUCUCACUAUGAGACGGCCAAAAAUGAACGCAAUAUAAACGAUUUCGGCCUGCGCGCGUUUUACGCACAUUGAAACUGGACGGAUUCGAGCAGAGAUCAUCGCGUAGGAGCUCGCGUAUGGCAAAUGAAGGGGGAAAACUUUUCAUACGGAUUUCUCCUAGCUGUACCUUAAUACUUUCCCAACAAUGGAAUGGUUGUAAUAAAUAAUAGUAACAAAAUAUUUGCAAAUAUCUUUACAGUUAUGGUGGCGUGGAAAACAGUGGCAAAAAUUUAUACAACUUGGAGCGCAUAAAACAAUUGAAAUAAAUACGUUUGUUAGCGACAAGUGGAGAGCAACGGACGUGGAAACGAAUGAAGUUUUUGUGAUAAAUGGUAGAAAGAAAUACAGACCUAAAACCAACACAAGAGACACCAGAGCUGUCUGUAUCAUAAAACGAAAAGGUUAGAAGAUUAUCUGUUUUAUUUUCAGUAUUAUUUCAAAUCAUAUUGAAUCCAAUUCACCCACAUAUAUAAUUUAAAUGCUUGGUUACCUUUGCUCUAUUCUAUGCUUACAUUAUCAGAACAGUGGUAUAACUAGGCAUGUGAGUUGUCAAUUCACUCAUAUAUAUAAUUUAAAUGCUUGGUUACCUUUGUUCCGUCCUAUAAUCCCCCUAUAUGCUUACUUCUUUGUCCUAUAUUAAUAUCGUCGUGCGUCUUUUUCAGGUCAAAGAGACACGGAUAUAAAAGCGUACAUAGAGACGUUAGUGGUCUUGGAUAAAACUGUGCGAGAUCAGUUUGAUAGCGACAGUGAAGCUGAAAAAUAUGUUGAAGUCUUACUCAUGUUGGUAAGUCAAUGAACAUUCUUUUUAUAUGAAAGCUCGUGCAGCAUUUUCAAUCAAUCCAAUCUUUUCCAUAAUCUUCUCCAUCACGCCUUCUUAUCCUUUUUUCCUCGUGAAGUUUUUCAUCUUAAAUGCUCUUAAACGCCUUAGCAAACGUUUUUCUUUUUUUUCUUUUUAAUAGUCUUCAAAUGCAUAUAAACACGAAUCUUUAACCCAGCAUGGACUCAAAAUUGAUAUAAUUCCUUCAAAAAUAGUGAUUCUAAAGGUAAGUCUAAAUUAAUUUGAAUAUAGUAACAGUAACAAAGAAUAUCUAACAGUACCUUGUCUAGGUACGUUUAAGAUAAUCCUUACUGGACCUCUAGGGAGAGCAGUUUAGAACUGAUAGUGAUAGAGCUAGUAUCCAGUAUAAAUAAAGUUAGUUCAAUUUAGGUAACACUGGAUCAAUAAGGGAUGAUCCUUAUACUGGACCUCUAAAAAGAACAGUUUAGUUUAGCACUAAAUUUAUAAUAAUUUAUCCUCAACUAUUUUUUUCAGAAUGAAGUAAAUUUUGAUAUCUCUAAGAGAGGCAACAAUCUUUACACUGCAUGUGAUGUCAUGAAUAAACAAGAAAAGGUUAUUGGUUCCAAAAAGUUUGAUCAUAAAUUAUUCCUGACAAGGUAAGAUCUUGAGAUCUCUUGUUCCACAAUGUUGUAUAAAUGUGCUUUAACCGAUGGUAUUAAACUGACGAGAAGACAGCGAAUUAAUUUAAAUAUUUAUUAUUUUUUACAGGAAUCAAUUUGGAGCAGCAGGUAGGAACCUUUCAACUAUUUACGAAAAUAAAACCCGAUAAAAUUCAAACCAUUACAUCAAAAGACAUUCUUGGUUUUGAUCGACAUCUUGUCUGUCUUGCUAUUUUUCAAUACAGUUUUAAUUGCAAUAGAAAUAAAGGACCUAAGUUAAAACAUUAAAAAAAUAGACCUAUAUACAAAUAAUAACACAGCCUCUUCAGUGACACGCCAUAUUGUGUAUUGCGUAUUUCCUAGUUUCCGAUUACCAGAUUCUAUCCUCGAAGCAUUAUAACAAAAACAUACAGCGCUCUGCACGAGAGAUGUUGAGUUAUUGGAAUAUUGCACUUCAUUUAAACACACUGCAAGAUAUUCUUUCCUUUCUUUUUUCAUUUCCAAAUGUCAAGCCCAAGGCAGUCGUAAAUGACAUUAGUUCAAAUUUUCUAACAAAAAUUUCCUGCAUUUUCAGGUUUUUCAAGAAGUCAGGCAAUGUGCAGUCGUUAUAGCAGUUGUUCGAUCGUGUUUGAACAUGGAUUCCAUGCAGCAUAUUUGGUUGCACAUGAAAUUGCUCACUCGUAAGUUCCUUCUAUCAGUUCAUAGUUUUUCAAGAUUAUCAUCAGUGCUUGACUGUUCUCCAUUAAGAGGACCAAGAAGGGUCAUUCUUUACCGCUGCAGUGUUACUACAGGAGGAGUAGCACCAUGACACCAAACACUAAUACACCAUUAAAUAUAUAUGGUUGAAACGAUAGAGUAUAGUGUAUAAUAUGUUUAUGCAACUGUUGUUAAUUUAGGCUUGGUUUAUCUCAUGGAGAUUUCCCGCAAUAUUCGCGUUACAUUAUGAACGGCUUCGUGGACUCUCUCUUGAACAGUCACCGCUGGUCAACCAAAAGUCAGCAGACACUACUCAGCAAUAUAAGGUGCGACAUUGCGAUAGAUUUUCCUAAAGCUCUAGUAUAGGAUCAUCAAAAAUUGAAGGACCACUUCAUUUUAGACUGAAGGACUUCAAAUCGUAUGCAGAAUCUUAGCAAACCUAACUAAAACUAGUUUUAUUUAUAGCUCUGCAUCAGUUAUACAUGAAUUAUACUUGACAACUCUAUCAGUUCUCUAAAACAAGUUUUGAUGUUUUCAUUUCGUUUUAUAGAAAGUACGAUUAUUGUCUUGGUAAUGAAGCAAGCGCGGCAAAUAACUAUCCGUAUCCUGGCGAGCAUUUCUCGUUUGAAAAACAAUGUGACUUGGAAUUCAAUGCCACGUACACCGCAUGGAAACCGUCACGAUGGGAGGUAUGUUGCUCACGUGAUACCUAUCAUAUUACACAAUCAGACCAUGAUUAAACUAACGUCAGAAUGUCUUAUAUUUCAAGCCCGGAGAACCAUGUGCAAAAUUAAGAUGCAGAAUGCCAGGUAGAUGGUCAUUUCUCACCAGGACAACAGGCUCUCCUGCUCUCGACGGAACCGAAUGUGGUGAGAACAAGGUAUAACCCUAAUUUCUUUUCUUAUGAACCUUAAAAUGAGAUAUCUUUUUCAGGUAGUUCAGACACAAACCACGAUAGCUUAUGGUAGAAUACUGCCUACACUGGACCACCACGUUUAAGAUACUAUAUAUUACAGUUGUGUAUAGUAAAUAACAUUUUAUUUGUCUCAUUUUAUAGUUCUGUUUAUUGGGAAAGUGUCAAGAAAAACCAGCCCAGAGAACCGCAUCAGUGACAAGAAGACUCCGUUGACCAAUGACGAUGCCCAAGACGCAAUGAUUCUCAAAUUUGACACUCCAACUCUCAUAUAUAGCACUGUACAAAAUUUUUGUUGAAGUAUAACUAUUGUAUAUAUAUAUACUGUGUAUAUUUGCAUUGUUGUUUUUUAUAAGAUUCAUAUAAAUAUAUGGUUAUUAAUUUA